UCCAAGGCUUCAUCACGACUCAUGGCCAUAACUUUUCGUAAGCCCGUGCUGGCCCAAUCUGAUGGCCAUGAGCGCGGGUGCUUCGAGUGGGCCUACAUGGCAAGAAUUGGCCCAACCAUCGACCCGUCACCAGUUCUGACGUGCUAACUACCAAUUACUAAUUAGACGCAAGCUCUCGAUCUGAUGGAAAACAAAAACACUUGCUUGCUCCUAAAACUUCUCUAUAAGUUUCGACGAAUCACUUUCUCUUCUUUUAGUCAAAUUAAAAGAAGCAGGUACAAGUAGUGGAGCUCUCGAAUCCGCCCCGACCAAUGAAGGUAAAAUCGAUCUUUGUCUUGGGUAGAUUCGUCUAAAUUUACAUGUUAUUUAUGGCUUAACACCUUCCGUAGAUGCCACGAUGCAUGAACCUACUGAAGGAGAAGCCACCCAUGCCACCAAAGUCGAUGAUUUUCAUGAUUUCGACUUUAAUAUCUCAGAGGACGACCAUCAGCAAAUCCUUGAUUCUUUGUUAGAGAAAGCCUCUGAUGCAACUAUCGGCUCAGAUGUUGGAAUUGGUUCAACGGAAGCCGGUCCUUCUGAGAGACCAGUUGCUGGAACUGGUACUACUAUAAUCGUUGGAACAUCUGAACACCCGGAGGGUCGUGACCUCGUGCCGUGGGUAGGAACUGAAGUUAAUCUCCAAUCAUCUAUUCCUGAAUCUCAACCUUCUACUCCCAUAGACCCCAUGACGAUAGAAGUCACCGUCACUCCCCAGAUUAGCCCGGUCGCAACAAAAGCGAGACCAACUGAAGACGUUGGUACGUCAACCGAUGUUGUGCCCAGGGCUGAAUCUCCUCCUAAAGAGCCUCUUAGUUUGCACCCAGAAUCUUCUGAGGUUGAAAUUAAAGAAUCUUCUGACAUAGUUGGUGCAUUAAAAGUUACUAUUCCUGAGCCAGCUUUGACUAUUCAGGAGACCAAACUACCCCCAGUGGACACGCCGGGUCAUACUGAAGCUUCUUCUACCUCAUUAUCAGCCCGCAUUCAAGAGUUAUUGUCUGACGAGGAUCCGGAAAAAAUCGCCAUUUGCUCUGAUCUUCAUGGUUUCGUCUCUUUUUGGAAUUUUAUGGUCGAUCGUAUUCUCUUAAAAGGUUCAUAUUUUGAGAAUUUUAAGAAACCGUUUGAUCGUUAUAUGUCGGGUAUCCGAGAUGAAGGAUACAACGACUUAGCCGAUUCAAUUGGUGCAUAUUUAAUCGAGCUGAGGCAACACGUUGAACUUCUGGAGGAUCUUCGCACUAAAGGUGUACCCUCCUACAUCGCUUCUCAUAUGGACUUCAAGUUGCGUGCGUGGCGUGAUUCUCAGCAAUCUGCUAACUCUGAACUUCAAAAACUAAAAGCCCACAGUCAUCAACUCAGGGUGCAUAUCGCCAAGAGACUACAGGUUAAAAUCGAUCUACAACGGGAUUUAGAGUCGAAUCGAGCUGAAAUGGACCGUCUAGAGAAACAACUUGCAAAAGCCAAGGAUGCUCGUGAAGUUUUAGAAUCUGAGUUGACGAAGACAACUCAAAUUGAAGAAAACCUGUAUCAGCGACUGAAUAUUCAGGAUAAGAGACUUGCUGAGAAAGAACAAGAGGUUGCUGAACUUCAGAACGUUAAUGAAGAAGCCUUCAAAGUUAAACUGACAGCUGAGCUUGAACAAGCUUAUGCGUUAGAGCUGUCAAAACUUGAAAAUCAUAUUAGUCAGUAUAAACUUUUGUAAUUGGAGAACAUACAUUUUUGUAACUUUGUUUGAAAAUUCUUGGUCA